CUGGGUCUUGAGUUCUCUCUACUGUCUUCUCCUUAACAUUUGAUCAAAAAAAGUGAUAUUUCAGGAAUACGAUAUAGAGCGGCAGGAAUAUGAUAAGGCACUGAAAGCCUAUCACAGCUCCACUGCUUAUCAGCAGUACUUGUCUGCAAAAAGCCGAGCAAAAGCUAAUGAUAAAUCGAAUACAGUUGGUGGCGUAAUUGCUGUUUCUGAUAAAUGCCGAAGACAUAUGGUGCAAAAUAUUGAAGAGCCUAGGCCUGUAAAUGUAUUCGCAGCAACACCACUGACUUUCAAAAAGCAAAUUUCGGUGAUCCCAAAUGAUAAACAUUGCCGUUUUCUGUUUGGUUUAAAAAUAUACACAUAUUUUUGUUAUUCCCAUACCAUUUGCUCGAGCGGUCCUGCUAUUCGUGGUACUCGCAUCAUGGUCGGUGGAUAUGUGAGUAAAUGA